UCAUCAAACUCAUUAGUUAAUACGUAUAUUUUACAGAAACCAAAAUUAAAGUUAACGGAAAAUCGAUCCGCAGACUAAUGAGUAAUAAUGAGGACAUUUCAUUAAAAUAGUAAAUUGGAACCAAAGUCACGGAGAGCAACAAUAACUCUCCUUUAGAAUGCGUUCAAAUUUGACAAGGAAUCUGCUUAACGUUAUCCUGAGUUUUUCAAAUUCUUUACUUGCUUCUUUACACUAAACCCCGUUGUCCCCACUUGGUCCUCUGAUAAAUUAUGUUGCUCUGUGGUGAUAACACAUUUGUUCAUGGAAAACAAAGAUCAUGAAUCAUGGAGUUCUGCUCAUAUCCAUCGGUCUCAAUGGCUUCAAACAACCAUAUCAGAUUUGGAUGAGAAAUUGGAGGCCAUGAUGGCCAUUUUAGAAGGUGGCAAUUCUCCAAACCAAGGACACAUGCAUUGCAAAUGGACAGAAGACCUCAAACAGAUGCUUGAAGAAUUUGGCCAAUCUUACCGUGUUUUAGCCAUAACAUAUAACCAGCUGAAGUCCAAAACAUCUCAUGGUACCUUUCAUUCAAUAUCUUUAUCAUCUUCAAGUACAUCAAAAACCAUAUGUGCUAUCUGCAGCAAAAGAGAAACAGGUAACUUAGAGAAUAAAGAACUCGAGGAGGGUUGUAAUUGCCAUCGAAUAUCUCUCAUGGAGUGUUCUGAUAUCAAAUUUGAUUGUACUAACCUGGAUUCUGAGCUAUUACGCAAGCAAGAAGUUGAAUGCCAUGAACUGUUAUCAGCUGACCCAUGCAGCAUAAAAUUUAAACCAGAAUUUGAAUGCAGAGAUACUCAAAUGGAAGACAGAAUGACAGAAUUUUCCACCAACGAAAAUGUUUUUAUGAAGAUUGAAGGUUCGGAAUUAAAUCAGAGAAUUGAAGAUCCAUCAUUGAUCAAUUUCAAAUUGGACAACAAGUGGUCAACGCUGAAAUAUCAAAUUACAGAACUUACAGAGGAUAAUCAGCAACAGUUGGUAGAGUUGGUCCAAAGAAAUGAGGAAAAGAGAGAAACCAUUAGAAGGCUUCAGUUAGAGGUGGAAGCUUUGAAGCAUGAGAACAAGGCCCUCCAGAUUUCUUUAAAGCACUCCAAUGCUGAUUCAAAAUGCGACCAACCACAGAUAUCAAGACCAGGACCAGGAGGAAUAUUUAUGGGCAAGCUCUUCGGAGGUUGCUCUCCAUGUAUGUUGUAGACUUUACUUUACAUCCUCACGGUCUUGUGUUCCACACAAGAUCGUUUAGUAAUUCUGGAAGAACUUUGCUAUGAUAUACUUUGAGGUUUAGUAAGCAAAUGAGAACUUGUUGUACUGACGGAAAUGUAGGUGCAGAAGAGUUUUAUUUCACGCGUCCUUUAACAAUUUACGAUGCUUUCAAGUCAAAACAGCUACCUGUAUGCUGUUCGCAGUUUGUUUUAUGGUGCUCUAGUGGUAAUGCAAUAACAUUAUAUAUUUGAACUGGAAAUAAGCCAUCUAGAAGACCAGAUGAA